CUCGGGCGUUUUGCACGAACAUCGUUCUGGUUAAAAACAGAAGAAACGGCAAAGCGCAAGACGACACGCUCGCAUCGCGUCCUAUAAAAAUCCACCGAGAAGGCAGAAUCAGUCGAUUCGUCCACAUGGUCGGAAGAAUCUCAGCGCCCAAGCAGCCCCACCAUCCGGCGCUUCCCGUUGCGGGCACGCGAGGUUAACGCAGCACGCGAUCCAGGCCGACGGCGGCGUCAACGUUUUGGAGCGGAGCGGAACGAGUCGGGCUUCUUGGAUUGAUGGGCUUUUCUUGUGACGAGCUCGCGGCGCCAUUGAAGACGCCGGGAUAGCUGUAUAUCUAGAAGCUCGGCUUUCAAGACCGACUGCUUUGACUCGCGAAUUGGGUCGGUUCUUUCCGAAGCUUAAGGCGCAGUCUUCGAAUUGAAGAGAUUUUCCAGCUCAUCUUCUUGGACUCGUGCAUUUUUUUGAAUCCAAGAAAGAAAAAAGAAAAAGUAUGGGUGGUUUAAAAGUCCAUGACUCGAUGGAGUUAGUUUAGGGAGUAGGUUGGAGUCAUGGCAAUCGAAAUGACGGAAGCUGGAGGGGGAGGAGGAGAAGCGGCGGUCAACGGCCCCGCGGCGGCGGGGGGCGGAGGCGCGGAGAAGUUGAGCCCGGCGGCCCGUCUGUUCCACGCGCCGAGGUUCAACUGUUACAUACUCGCGAUCAUGGGUUGCAAGACGAGGAUCAAUCCGGGCGUGGUCAAAGCAGGGCUGGAGGAGACUCUGCUCAAGCACCCUCGUUUCUCCAGUAAAAUGGUGGGAGAUAUAAAGAGAAGUGGAAAAAUGAAGUGGGUUCAGACGAAGAUGAACUUAGAUGAGCAUGUUAUUGUUCCUGAUGUGGACCCUGACAUGGACACACCAGACCGAUUCGUGGAGGACUAUAUUUCCUAUCUAACAAAAACACCUCUGGACAUGUCCAGACCGCUGUGGGAGCUUCAUCUCCUGAAUGUCAAGACUUCAGAUGCUGAGGCUGUGGCGAUUUUCCGCAUCCACCACUCGAUGGGCGACGGCGCAUCGCUUAUGUCUCUGCUCCUGGCUUGUACACGGAAAACAGCUGACCCAGAAGCACUACCUACUAUUCCUGGAAAGAAAAGUGCAGGAACACAGAAUUCAGGCGGGUUUUGGUGGUUCAUUUUGGCCUUGUGGUCAAUGUUCAGGUUAAUUUGGAACACUAUUGUAGACUUCUCGGUUUUUGUGGCGACAUAUUGUUUCCUGAAAGAUACAGAGAGCCUGGUUAAAGGUGGACCAGGGGUUGCAAAAACUACCAAGAGAUUUGUGCACCGGACAGUCAGUUUGGAUGACAUAAAACUCAUUAAGAGUGCACUGAAUAUGACCAUCAAUGAUGUUGUGCUGGGAGUGACUCAAGCAGGACUGUCUCGGUAUCUGAAUCGAAGAUAUGAAGGUGAGAGUGGAAAAGACCAAAAUUCCAAGAAGAAGAAAUCAAACAUUCCAAAAAAUAUGCGCCUUAGGGCUACUGUUCUCAUAAAUUUAAGACCAACAGCGGGAAUCCAGGCUUUGAGUGAUAUGAUGAUCAAAAAAUCCAAGUGCAAGUGGGGCAAUUGGAUUGGAUACAUUCUCAUUCCCUUCAGCAUUGGUUCAGAAGAUGACCCAUUAGAGUAUGUUCGCAAAGCUAAAGCAACGAUAGAUCGCAAGAAGCUCUCACUGGAAGCUAUAAUAACAUUCGCAUGUGCAGAACUUGUGCUAAAGCUAUUUGGUGUCAAGGUGGCAUCUGCAAUUGCACACAGAUUCCUUUCCAACACUACUGUGGCCUUCUCUAAUGUGAUCGGUCCAGUAGAAGAGAUCAGCUUCUAUGGACAUCCAAUAGCUUUCCUUGCUCCCAGUGUUUACGGCCAUCCACAUGCAUUGACAAUACACUUUCAAAGCUAUGUCAACAAGAUGACCAUUGCAGUAGCAGUUGACCCGGACGUGAUUCCUGAUCCUCACCAGCUCUGUGACGAUAUAGAGGAGUCUUUGAAGACCAUCAAGGCUGCUGUCUCAGAAAAAGAGCUUGCCACUGUUGUUCCAAUAGUAUGAGGACCUUGUUUGAUGAAGAGUAUUCAUUUUGGCUGGCUAAUAUUUGGCCAAGGAUUGAUCCUCUAGGUAUGAGGGGAGCGAGAAAGAGAAGGUGAAAAGGUUAGGAACUAAGUGAAUUCUUUUGACUGAGCUACAAAUUCUUUCUUUGCCUGAAAGAGCAGCAGGCAGAGGUGAGACAUACGAGGAAAUACAGGAAAUAGGCAAUGCUAGGUCUAGACUGUUGCAAACACUCGCCCAUAUUGUUUUUGUGCAUGUAGCAAUUGUUCUCGCCAUUGAUGGUAGGAAUGCUACAUCUUCAUCUUGACUGAAUUUCUCCCAGAAACAACAUGAUAUUGUGCAAAGUGACUCAUGGUAUGUAUUAUGUAUUCAUUCAUUUUUUUUUCUCAAUCGAUACCAGCUGGUAAAGAUGGAGAUACUUUCACA